CAUGUGAUAUUAAGAAAGAUAGACCAGUACAAAAUUAUCAUCGAUCAAUAAUCAACCAUUAAGAUUCUUUAAAAUCCAAAAUUUCCAUUAUUAAACUAUAUAUAUAGUUUUACCUUUUCAAACCCAAUAUAUUUAAACCCAGUUUUAUCAGAUUCCUAGAUAUUCACUUUCAUCAUCUUCCUCCAUUUCAAUCACAACAUCAUCUCUCUCCAACAAUAUGUCAUCUUCACUGGGUCUAACCCAUCUCACCGGCCUCUCAUCCUCCGGGCCCUCUUUUCCGCCCUCUCACCGCCGUUAUAACGGCAGACCAAGAACUUCUAGUUUCAAGAUCGUUGCUUCAGAAACCAUACAAGAACCCGAUCUCAGCGUCACCGUUAACGGGUUGCAUAUGCCAAACCCAUUCGUAAUCGGGUCGGGUCCACCCGGUACAAACUAUAAAGUCAUGAAAAAAGCCUUUGAUGAAGGCUGGGGUGCUGUUAUUGCUAAAACAGUGUCACUAGAUGCUGCAAAAGUUAUUAACGUAACGCCUAGAUAUGCACGGUUAAGAGCAGGAGCAAAUGGCUCAGCCAAAGGGCAGAUUAUCGGUUGGGAGAAUAUUGAACUUAUAAGUGAUCGGCCGUUGGAAGUAAUGUUAAAUGAAUUUAAACUAUUAAAAGAAGAAUAUCCCGAUAGGAUACUUAUUGCGUCGAUUAUGGAAGAAUACAACAAAGCAGCAUGGGAGGAACUUAUUGAUCGAGUGGAGCAAACGGGGAUUGAUGCUAUUGAAGUAAAUUUCUCUUGUCCCCAUGGUAUGCCCGAAAGAAAAAUGGGUGCUGCAGUGGGGCAAGAUUGUGAUUUAUUGGAAGAAGUUUGUGGAUGGAUUAACGCAAAAGCUACAGUUCCCGUUUGGGCAAAAAUGACUCCAAAUAUAACAGAUAUCACUCAGCCAGCGAGGGUUUCUCUAAGAUCCGGAUGUGAGGGCGUAGCUGCAAUUAACACAAUCAUGAGUGUUAUGGGCAUUAAUUUGAAGACAUUACAUCCCGAGCCUUGUGUUGAGGGAUAUUCGACUCCAGGUGGCUAUUCUUCAAAAGCUGUUCAUCCUAUUGCACUUGGAAAAGUAAUGAGCAUCGCACAAAUGAUGAAAAAUGAAUUUCAAGAUGGAGAUUAUUCGCUUUCUGGGAUUGGUGGUGUUGAGACCGGUGGUGAUGCUGCUGAAUUUAUUCUUCUUGGUGCAAAUACCGUUCAGGUCUGCACGGGUGUGAUGAUGUACGGAUAUGAUCUGGUUUCAAAACUCUGUUCAGAGCUCAAAGACUUCAUGAGAACUCAUAACUUUUCAACCAUAGAAGAAUUUAGAGGUGCGUCACUUCAAUACUUCACUACACACACGGAACUUGUGAGAAUACAACAAGAAGCAAUUCGGGAACGAAGGGCGAUCAAAAAAGGCUUGCAAUCUGAUAAAGAUUGGACUGGAGAUGGAUUUGUGAAAGAAAGUGAAAGUAUGGUUUCUAAUUGAUCAAAAGAAAAAGACUUGAAAUAAUUACCAAUAAGUUGUUUCUACUUUUGCAGCAUUUUUUUUUGGAAGAAUUUUAUGUAAAUUUACACAUUUUAAUCUUUAUAAAUAAAGUGGUCUUUGUUGUAUA